ACAGACCAGGCCAGGCACCUGUGGUCGUGUUUAAACAGCAGUGUCUUUUCGAGUCACUUCACUUGUAAUAGUUUGUAACAACAGGACAAAGAUGCAAGCCGUGCAAAACACCCAAGAGUUGAUAAAGAGCGUGAAGAUGGACAACUGGACGGCGGCUCUGCUCACUGGUGCUGCCUGCGUUGGAGGAGCUCUGGUUGUGCUGGUGAAAAAGAUCAACAACCAUCUAAGCACGAAGGAAAAGAUCGAGAGAGCCAGAAACAGGAGAGAUGAGAGCUUGCAGCGGGCAGAGCAGGCGGUGCACCGGUACAAACAGUCGCAUCCGAUGACUGACUCCGCUUUCAUCAUGGAUCUGUCCCUGUCUGAGCUGACAAAGCAACUGAAGGAAGGCUCACUGAGCCCUGAGGAUGUGCUUCACUCUUACAUGGAAAAGACUCUGAAUGUAAACAAAAAGCUGAACUGCUGCACCGAAAUUUUGUUAGAGAGCUUGGACCAACUGAAAACUGUUGGCUCCAACAAGGAAGGUCUCUUGUAUGGAGUUCCAGUGAGCAUCAAAGAAAAUGUUGCAUUUAAGAAUCAUGACUGUUCUUGUGGUGUGGUCAUUAACCUGGAUCAGCCUGCUGAAAAGGACAGCGUGCUUGUUGAAGUUCUGAAGAAACAAGGAGCUAUUCCCUUUGUGAAAACCAACUUGCCCCAAGGCCUUUUAAGCUAUGACUGUAGUAAUCCUAUUUAUGGGCAAACUGUGAACCCCCAUAACCCCCAGAAAACCUCUGGAGGUUCAUCUGGUGGGGAGGGGGCUCUCAUUGGGGGAGGAGGCUCCCUGCUUGGCAUAGGCACUGAUAUAGGUGGCAGUAUUCGUAUUCCUGCCUCAUUCUGUGGGAUCUGCGGUUUCAAGCCAACAGCAGGUCGGCUGAGUUUACAGGGGCUUCGUCCAAUUUAUAGAGGGCAAAAGGCAGUGCUAUCAUCUCCUGGACCCAUGGCAAGAGAUGUGGAUAGUUUGGCUCUGUGCAUGCAGGCACUUCUUUGUGACCACAUGUUUUCUUUGGACCCCACUGUUCCACCAUUGCCUUUUAAUAUGGAGAUAUACAGAAGUUCCAAACCUCUAAGGAUUGGUUAUUUUGAAAGUGAUGGCGACAUGCAACCAUCUCCAAGCAUGGCCCGAGGCAUCAGAGAGGUCAAAGCUCUGUUAGAGCAAGCAGGCCACACAUUGGUCCCUUACCGUCCACUGAAGAUAAAUCAAAUUAUGCCUGAACUAAUAGUAAAGAGUUUAUUUGCAGAUGGAGCUACCACCCUGCUACAAAAAUUGAAGGGGGGACCUGUGGACCCUUGUCUAAAAACUCAGGUUUUUACUUAUGGCCUCCCUAAGUGGCUGAAGAAAAUCCUUUCAUUCCUGCUCAAACCUGUGUCUCCUCGUGGUUCUGCCAACAUGAAUGCUCUUUGUGGACUUCGAUCUGUUCCAGAUUUGUGGAAGCAACAUGCUGCUGUUGAGGACUACAUUCAUGAAACAAUAGCACAGUGGAGGAGCUGCAACAUCGAUGUGCUGCUGUGCCCCAUGAUCGGACCAGCCUACAACUUCCUUUACUGUGGCAAAAUUUCAACUAUUCUCGGUUACACAAUGCUCUACAAUCUCCUUAAUUUUCCUGCGGGUGUAGUCACUGUUUCUACAGUGACUGCAGAGGAUGAAGAGGAACUCAAGCACUAUAAGGGCUAUUAUCAGGACAAGUGGGACAAGCUCUUUAAAGAGGCAGUGAGUGGAGGCGAGGGUCUGCCUGUGGCGGUGCAGUGUGUUGCCCUGCCAUGGCAGGAUGAGCUCUGCCUGCGCUUCAUGAAGGAAGUGGAACAACUGGUCAAGCAAAGCAAGAAGUAAAGCCUGCUUUCUUUCCGUCUCACGCGAAAGGCUGCAGACUCAGAGGUGACAUGUUAACUAGUAUCUCCUGUAAAAGUGAGCUAAGCAUUUCAUAAAUGGUGGAGCAGUUUCUACUCUACAAAUUUGUUCUUUUCCUAUUUGCUUAAUGUUAAAUGAAUCUUAACUUUGAAAACGAUGGUCUUUGUUUCCAUAUUAAAAAAAAUCCAAGUCUUUUGCUUUCUUACUUUCACCAUCCACAUGUUAAUUGAAAUUGAAAAAAUAUUAAAUCAUUAGGCACUGCUACCGUAAGUAUAAGAAUGUUGAAAAUUAGGAUUCAUAAUGGGUAUGGAAAGUAAUGUAUUUGUGCAGAAUACACCCAUGUUUCUUUGCUGUAAGUCAUCUGUCAAACACAUUGAAAUAAAAUAAAUUCUAUGUAUUCUUCUCAA